CGCUCCUAUUCCGUAAUCUGUCAUAUACACACAAACACAUCGGUGCUGAAGGAAACAAGAUGCGGAUUAUAGUGCUGUUCACUUGUUUUCAAAUUGCUUUCCUGACUGAGGCGCCAUGCGUGAUAGAGCUAAGCUGCCUAGAAUGCGUGCCGGACAACAUGCCGCUGGUGACUUCGCACCGUGCCGCCAACGGGUCCGUCGUGGUGCCGGCCGGCGAGCAGCUCACGCUGUCGUGUGGCGGCGGCCGGCUGCUGGCGUACCCGCUGCGGUCCGAGCUAGUGGCGCGCUGCGAGGACGCCCGCUACCGCCUGGCGCAUGACUCGUCGCUGCGGCACCUGCUGGAGCUGGGCUGCCAGGAGGACGUGUUCGAGGACGUCUUGCACGACGUCGAACACUGCUCCGCGCCGUACCAGGGGCGCGCGUACCAAACGCGGGACGCGGCCCGCGGCGUGAGCCACCUGGCCGCGCUCUGUUUCGACGAAGACAGUUGGCAGGCGCGGUUCGCCCACGUGUCCAACGCGCCGCACAACGCGCUCCGUCUGCCGGCGCACUCCGAGCGGCGCGCGCCCCUGACGCUGCUGGGCAACUUCAACCACAUGUUCGACGCCAGCACGCGUCUGGCCGCCGAGCACCUGUACUCCGACGAGGUGCGCUUGAACCGCCGGCUGCAUGAGAUGUUCAAGCACGAUCAGUACAAUUUCGCGGACCAGCGGCUCACGAGCGGCAAGCUGCUGAGCGGCCGCUUCUUCGAUGACCAAAACGUGCGCGUGACGGAGUUCGUGUCGAACGCGGUGCCGGUGUGGGGCAGCGUGGCCCGCGGCAACCUGCAGCACCUGCACGCCGACGUGGCCGCGCUGCUGGCCGCCGCGCGCGACCACGCGCCGCUGCACGUGUACUGCGGCACACACGGCGUGGGCUCCCUGCGCACGGCCGCGGGACCGCGCCCGCUGUUCCUCAAGCCGGGCCGCUUCCCCGUGCCCAAGUACGUGUGGUGCGUGGUCCACGACGAGCGAGCCGCGCGCGCCCUGGCCGUGGCGGUCACCAACGACCCGUUCGUGUCGGUGAGCGAGGUGCGCGACACGGUGGCGUGCGAGAGCGCGUGCGGCCGUGUCCGCUGGCUCCGAGAGCUGCGCGCGCACCGCCGGUACGAGACGCCGCUGUACGGGCUCACGUUCUGCUGCGAGGUGCACAACUUCACGGCGCUGGUGCCGGAGAUGCCGCCGCAGGUGAUCCGGGCGGUGCCGCGCGGGCCCGACGGUAUGCUCACCCACUCCUACCAGUGACAUACUCGCUUCUUUUCAGCUACACAUCUUGAAAGUCAGCUAUCCAAAUUUACUAAACCUUGAAAAUGUAAACAAUCAUAGUAAUUCGAGCCGUGAGUCGACGAAAUGAGAAAGGUCUUAACAUACUCCCCCUACUUUGCUUGCUUAGACUACGUUUGUCGUGGUUAAAAUGCAUAAUUAUAAUGGCAAUAAGUAUUCCAUCAAAAACAAUUUCAUCGUAACAAGGUACAUCGAUUGAUACUUGUUUAAAAUUAGGUAUGCUAAAUUUAAUGCACUUCAUUUAAUUACCAUUAAAUUAUAAGUUAUUAGCUUCAAACCAAUGUACAAUUUUAGGUAAAGUAUUGUUAAACAUCAUCAAAAUUUUGUAAACAACGGUGUUUUUUAAACAUGAGUGAUGUAUGAUCAGCAAACACACAAUUCGACAUUUAUCCUUUGCGAUAUAAGGAAGAUGAUUUAUAUAAAUAAGAUAUAUAAAACGUCCUAAAAUCGAGCCCUGUGGGACCCCCAUUUUAACGAUUGAUCCAGAGCAUCACUUUCCAUUGACAUCUACCUUUUGUAGUCUACAAUUUAAAUAAGAUGUCAUUAAGUCCGAUGCUAUAUUUCUAAUACCGUAAUGGUAAAGUUUUCUGACUAAUGUUUUGUAUUCAAUACAGUCUAAAGCCCCGGAUAAAUCACUAUAGAUGCCAAGCGCAUCACGAGACUCUUCACAGGCCUCAAAUAUAUUAUAUAAGUAUCAAAUCAACACCAGCAUCGGUAGUUGAACGACCUUGGGUAAAACCAAACUGUUUGAAGUGUAAUAAAUCUCGUCAUUUUCAAUGGAUUUAAUAUUAAUUUUCAAAAAUCUACUAAAAGUGGGUAGUACAGAUAUUAGUGUGGUGUAUAAGGGUGAAGAAAUUCACCAUUGAAAUCAUCAAUAUCAGGGACCAAAUAAUCUUAUCUGUCACGAUGAUGAUGACUGGAUGAUGUCGAAAAAGGCUCACUUAGCUACAAUUAUGAUUUUUGGAAAUUGCACAGUUAAAAUUUUGUAAUUUGAAAACAUUCCACGUUAUUUAUUAUAAUCGUUCUUACCUAUAUUAGUUAAAACUUUGUAUGUUAGGUACAUACAUAAGGAUAGUUUUCUAAUUUUAAUAUGUAUUUUAUUUCGUUCUGUUAGAACAUAAAAAAAAAUGCAUAAAUAAUGUAUAUCUACAUUUAAAAUAAUUAACUAAAUUUCGAAAGUGUGAUUUUUACUAGGUACCUAUAGUAAUAGUUCAUUCAAUCUACUCCAUUAAAUUUACAUUAUAAUAUGUAGUUAGGACUGAUUAUGUAUCUGUGAUUAUUUUGUAUAUAAAUGAGGAUUAUUUUAAACCAAAUAAACAAAUUACACUAUUACAGGUAUUUUUAU